AUGUUCAGCCAACAACCGAGCCCAGCGACCUCAUCGCCGCCCCUGUUGUCGCCAGGCACAUCUCUUCCCUCGGUCUCACCCGCCAACGUCCAGGCUCAGCCUCCACACACAAACAUCGCCACAUCACCAUCCGUUGCUACUGCUGCCGCUGCUGUCACGGUUGCGGGCAGCUCAGGUCACAGAAGCAGCCGCUUGCGAGGUCUUUCGUACUUAAAGAACUAUACUCAGAACCAUCUCCUGAACAGGGAUUUGAACAAAGAAUCAAACGGCAACCCUGCCAGCCCGGGUAACCCCGAUUCGCCCCCGCCGCAGUCGUCAACCUUCAAUCCGCAAACGAUUCCUGCCCAGAUAAAAGCCAGCCGCCCGGUAAGCCGACUUUUGAGAUCAGUCAGCCACUCUCCAACAUCUCCGUCGACGCCGACUACUGCUGCUUUUGGCAUCUUGAGUGCUGCAGCUGCAGCAUCCGCGAGCACAUCUCCUGUAACUACGCCGCCACCGAUCUCGCCGACAUCUCGACAUAAUCGCUUCUCGCUAGGGCCCGCAUCCGCGUCGCUGUUUCUAUCUCCCGAGACAUUUGACAAUACAUUCGAUACCACUCAUCGGAGCUCUUCUCCUCUCCUGCCUACGGCCUCGCCCGUCAACUCGCUACAGUUAGAAUUUGCAUCUUCAGCCUCAGCAAGAACAGGGCCUCAACCUGAGGCGUUGGCUGCAGAUUCGUUGUCGACUAAAACCCCUGGCCUUCCUCGACUGCGCCCUUCGAACCUCCCAUCACCCCACACGACCUGCCCUGGAACCGAACUUGAGCCAGCGGCGCUAGAUCUGGAGGACGUCAACACUGCCGCAGGCACAAUGACGAGAAUGCGUGCGGCCACGGCCUCGGAUGCGACCGUGCUGGCUCAGAAUGGGAGCACCAGCACGGACGCGAUGCCAUCAAUUCGAUUCACUACAUUUUGCGAUCCUAGAGCGACGCGCCCAUCUCUCACAUUUACCCCUGUGUCGCGGACACUGCCUACGGGCACUGAAAUCAUACGCGUUGGUCGAUAUUCGGAGCGAGACGUGCCGCCAAACGUUCCAAUAAACGUGCCCUCGGCGGCUCCCGUAGGCUUCAAGAGUAAAGUUGUCAGCAGGAGGCAUUGUGAAUUCUGGAAUGAGGACGGGAAGUGGUAUAUCAAGGAUGUUAAAAGCUCCUCGGGCACCUUUCUCAACCACAUACGGUUGAGUCCUCCUGGCACCGAGUCUAAGCCUUUCCCAGUCAACGACGGAGAUAUUGUGCAACUGGGUAUAGACUUUAAAGGUGGCGAAGAAAUGAUAUUUCGCUGCGUCAAAAUGCGGCUUGAGCUCAACCGCGGCUGGCAAAACAAGCUGAACGCUUUUAAUAUGACGACGCACAAGCAGCUGCGAAACAUGACCAAGUCUGACCCUAACGGCGCCAGCCAGACAUCGCAGGAUUGCUCCAUAUGUCUCAACUCGAUUGCGCCAUGCCAAUGUUUGUUUGUAGCCCCGUGCUCGCACACGUGGCACUACAAGUGUAUCAAGAGUCUCCUUAUGUCUCCUCAAUACCCGAUAUUCAUCUGUCCCAACUGCCGAGCAGCUGCCGAUCUGGAAGCCGAAGUCGAGGAUCCGGAGGAGUGGGAGCAAUUGGACUCGGAGGAGGAAGCAAACGACGCUUCUAACGCACCCUCAUCCACGCAACCAAAGGCCGAUUCGAUUGCUGCCGCAUCUCAGUCUUCGGGUCCUUUGCAGGCACAAUCACAACCGUCGAGCGCUCAAGGAAUGCCCAAUGUUGUUUCUCAAACAAAUGGCACGGUGUCACAAACAACACCUGGUCGCAGCACAACGCCAUCACACGCCACUUCAAUGCCGAUGCCGAUCCCACGUGCCUCCUCAGACGUGACUCGUAGACCAGUCCCGUCGAGCACAAUGGAGAUGGACAUUGAUACACCAUCCCCGACUAGGGACCCACGGCAGACUCGCACGCCUUCCCCUGCCUCAAAUGGUCCUGCGCCGCUUGGUGUUGCCGAGGGGCCCAUCACACCGAGAAACGACGCUGGUCCGUGGGUUUUCGAUGGCGGUGUGAUAUCGAGACUAGGGGCAUCGACAACCCUGGCGUCCCCGGCUGUGGUCGAAGGUUCAAUAACGCCUCGCAACCCAGGUGGGGCGCAGGUGACCAGUAUAGACGACAUAGCAAGAGCUUAG